AUGAGCUGUUUCUUGUUGGGUGACAGGAAGUGGAAAAGGUUCAUUGCAAAGCGCAAGAGAGAUACCCUGGAGCUGACUCUGCAGAUGGACUUUACAAAAAAGCCUUUUGAGAGGAAAUGCCGGCAGAUCUUUCAGUACUUAGAAUUACAAGACCUGCUAAACUGUGCUGAAGUAUGCUGCACAUGGAAAUCUAUCAUCCAGUCCGGCGUGUUGUGGAGUCAGAUCAACCUAUCUGUGGCCAAAGACUGGAUAACAGACAGCACAGUGAAGAACAUUCUGCAGAGUUACCGUUUAUUUGUGACCCAUCUUAACCUGCGUGGCUGCACGUCCCUGCAGUGGUCCAGCCUGAGAUUUGUCAGUGAAUGCAGAAACCUGCAGGAGCUCAAUGUGUCUGAGUGCUUUAAUGUUACAGAUAUGAUGGUCCAGAGAAUUUUGGAGGGCUGUCCCUGCCUGCUCUACUUGAACCUUUCUUGCACCCUCUUAACAAACAAAACUCUACAAGAGCUGUCCAGAAACUGCCUGAGCCUUCAGUAUCUGAGUCUGGCCUACUGCGAUAGAUUCACAGACGAAGGUUUUCUGUACCUGGCCACAGGGAAGGGCUGCCACAAUCUCAUCCACCUCAACUUGUCCGGCUGCACCCAGUUGACCGUGGCUGGGUUCAGAUAUAUUUCUGCUGGAUGUCCUGCACUUGAAGAGAUUGUGAUCAACGACAUGCUCACGCUCUCAGAUAGCUGUGUCCUGGCCCUCCUUACCAGAUGUCACUGCUUGUCUGUUAUUUCUCUGCUGGAUGCACCACAUCUUUCCGAUAUCACUUUCAAAGCUGUUGCUGAAGCAGCCAAACUGAAGUCUUUCAGCAUAGAGGGCAACUACCAGCUCACAGACCUGAGCUGGAACGCCCUGUUCAGAAGCUCACAAGGUCUCCGCAGGCUCCACGCUGCAGAAUGCCCCGGGAUGACUGACGCAAGCCUCAAAUCUGUAGCCUCCCUCCAACAUCUGCGAUAUCUUAACAUCUCGUAUUGCAACAGGGUGACUGAUGUUGGGGUGCAGUAUUUGACUAAAGGCUGCUCAGCGAAUGAACUGCAAGAACUGAAUGUCAGUCACUGCCGUCACAUCACCGACAUCUCUGUCAUGAGGAUUGCACAAAGGUUGUGCAAACUUCUCCAUCUCAAUCUGAGUUACUGCGAGAGGCUGACGGACUCGGCUGUGGAGUGGCUGGGUGGGAGCUCUCUCUGCUCACUUGACCUCAGCAGCUGCAACAUCCAGGAUCAAGGACUGGCCACUCUUGAGGGAAUUCCUUUGAGGAAAUUGGUUAUUGCCAAGUGCUUCUCUGUCACAGACGCUGGAAUUAAGAAGCUGUGCAAGAAUGUGACAGACCUGGAACAUGUCGAUAUCUCUCAUUGUGUGGCUCUGUCUGACGCAGCCGUCAGAGCCUUUUCGUUUUACUGCAGAGGCCUGGUCGCACUGCGGAUGGUCGGCUGUUUUAAGAUGACCGAUAUGGCCGUCCAGUAUCUGACAAGUGGAUCUCAGUACUUGCGAGAGCUUGAUGUGAGUGGCUGUGUUCUUCUCACAGAUGUCACACUUCGGUACUUGGAAAGAAUUUGUCCUCCACUCAGUUCCAUCACGAUGGCCUGCUGCAGCGGCAUCUCGAGGGCAGCUGCCUCAAAACUUCAGCCACGUGUGACAUACUGGGAGCACAGCAGGGACACCCCUCCAUACUGGUUUGGAUACAACAUGGGGCAUCUGGUCACAAGUGAUGAUCCAUCAGAAGUAGCAAAGCAGUAA